UUCCUCUAUGGCUGAAUCAAAACCCGACCCAUCACCCGACUCCGGACCCACCGCUCACCACCUCACUCUCCCUACCGGCUUAACCCACGAUGAGUUCCACGAGUUGAUCCCCAGCAUAACUCAGUUCCACACCUACUCCGUCGGCUCAGACAAAUGCUCCUCCUUAUUAGCCCAACGUAUCAGCGCUCCAUGCGACGCGGUUUGGUCCAUAGUCCGCCGUUUCGACAAGCCCCAAACCUACAAACACUUCAUCAAGAGCUGCGCCGUCACAGAUGGCUUUGAAAUGGUCGUCGGCUGCACGCGUGACGUCAACGUGAUCUCCGGCUUGCCCGCUGCCACCAGCACCGAGAGGCUCGAUAUUUUGGACGAUGACUUGAAGGUAACCGGUUUUACUAUUAUAGGAGGGGAACAUCGGUUGAGGAAUUACCGGUCGGUGACGACGGUGCAUGGCUUCGAACGCGACGGGAAGAUCUGGACCGUGGUUUUGGAAUCUUACGUCGUUGAUGUCCCCGAAGGGAAUACGGAGGAAGACACACGGUUGUUCGCGGAUACAGUGGUGAAGCUCAACUUGCAGAAGCUGGCGUCCGUCACCGAAGGGAUGGCGGCGCGUGAUGGCGACUGUAAUAAAUAACAGGUGAUAUGACAAAAAGAAAAGAAAAAAUAAAUAAAAAUUGUCCCUUUCUUAUUUCGCUUCAUCUCUUUUUCAUUUAUUUAUUGUCUUUGAAUUA